AUUUUGCAAACUCCGUCGACAGUAUCUCACCUACGCCCAGGCAGGCUGUUAGCCUCACAUCUGUGGCGCACUGAGCCAUCUGCCACUCUACUCCGCAAUACUUGCAGCCUCCCCCAUCCUCAGACGCCAAGAUGCCGCCGCCGAUGCCGAAUCCCGCAAAGCGCAUGACGGCAAACCCAGCGAGACCCGUAGCAAGGUAUCGUCCAGGAAAACCGAUCGCAGAACAAGAAUCAUCUGACGAGGAAGAAGAACACGAGGAGGAGCAGCCACAACAGCCCCAGCGGAAACUUCAAGCAAGACGUCCCCUACCCAAGAGACCGGCCGCACCAGUCCAACAGGAGAGCGAAGAUGACGAUGAAGACGACGAAGGCUUUGUAACGGAAGAGGAAGACGAAGUCCCUGCUCGGGCUGCAACAAUAUCACAACAGCCCACGGCAGCUGCGUCUACAGUAUCAAGACUAGCACCUCCAAAACAAGAAUCUACACAACCGCAGUCUGAAGAAGAAUCCUCCGAGGAAGAGGAAGAAGAAGAAUCAGACUCAGGAUCUGAGGAAUCUUCCUCACCCGACGACGAACACCCCCAACGCAAGUUUCAACGUCCAACAUUCAUCCGGAAAACCGACCGUUCAACAUCCAUCCACUCACAAACUACACCCGACCCCUCCGCCAGCGCCGAUGCCGACGCAGCCCGACGCCGAGCACAAGCAGACCUACUCAUCAAAGACAAACUUGAACGCGACAUUCUCGCCCGUGCCGCGGGCAAAAAGUCAUGGGACGACGAUGACGAGCUCCUUCCCGAGUCUAUGGUCGACGACACGGACGGCCUUGACCCCGAAGCUGAAUACGCAGCCUGGAAAGUCCGCGAACUCAAGCGCUUGAAACGCGACCGCGAGGCCUUGAUCGCGCGGGAGAAAGAGAUCGAAGAGACCGAGCGGCGACGCAAUCUCACCGCCGAGGAGAGAGAGCGCGAGGACAAAGAGUUCCUGGAAAAGCAGCGCGAGGAACGAGAAAGCGGCAGGCAAGAGGCACAAUUCCUGGCGCGGUAUCAUCACAAGGGCGCUUUUUUCCAAGGUGAUGAAGUCGCGGACGUCCUCAAGCGGCGGAACGUCAUGGGCGCAAGAUUCGAGGAUGAAGUCAGCGAUAAGUCUGUGCUGCCGGAGUACAUGCGGCUCAGGGAUAUGACGAAGCUCGGAAAAAAGGGCGGCACGAGAUAUCGAGAUAUGAAGAGCGAGGACACAGGCCGCUUCGGAGACGAUGUCAAGCGGUGGAGGGGAAGUGGUGGCGGUGGCGGUGGCGGUGGAAAGGGAGAGUUCGACACAAGAGGGCUGGAUGAGCGCUUUCUGCCGGACGAUCAGCGUGGCGGAGGAGGAGGAGGAGGGAGGACAGGGCCGACCGGGGCGAAUGCGAGUGUCGUCGGGGGAAGCAGGAGAGAGGGCCAGAGCCCGAGGGACAGGGACAGGGACAGGGACAGGGACGGCUACGAAGAUGGUGGGCCCCCCGACAGGAGUAGAUAUCGAGAGCGGCCGAGUGACAGACGGAAGAGGUCAUACUCCAGAUCACGUUCGAGGUCGAGAUCACCACGACGGCAGAGAAGAGAUUCGCCUUCCCAUGACCAUGAGAGACACCGAGAUCGUGAUCGAGAUCGAGACCGGAACAGAGGAACAAGGGAAGAGCUCAGGUCAUACUAGACCUUCUAUCUAACUCAUGACCCACACGGUAAUAGUAGCGAUAGGAUAUCCCGAAGACCAGCUCGCAACCCAUGAUACAUAACCUACCUUAGGUAGCCUUGAGUGCCUAGGUAGGUUGCUAGCUAUGCUGGUACCUGAUGAAGAUUCGCGGCGGUCAUCUCGAAAGCAGAAUCGAGGUAGAAGUAAAUUGGGACAUCCGCUCCAGCAGGGCGCAGCUAACAGCACCUCCAUUUG